UGCUGCUGGGAAGAAAGGAAGAGACUAGAGACCCAUCGCCGCCGCCCGCCCGCCGGAGUGUCCGCCGCUCUGGCCUCCUCCUCGCCGUCUCAGAGAGAGAGAGAGAGAGGUUUCUUCUUCUUCUUCAAUCCGUCCACUCUACACAUUGCUGGCUUGUAUUUUUCUUGACAAGUGCUAUAGUGACAGAAGAAGUGAAUAGUCACCCAUCUAUGUGAGAGCAACAGCGCCAAGAUUUCACAUGAGUGCUGGUGGAGCAUUUGGUGGUAAUAGGGGAGUAAGACCAGUGCCACCAGAAAAAGGAGUUUUCCCUUUAGAUCACAUGCAUGUGUGUGACCAGGUGAAGAAAGAAUACAUCAAUUGUCUCAAAUCCACUGGUCAUAAAUCUGAAAAGUGCAGGCACCUGUCAAAGAAGUACCUUGAAUGCCGUAUGGAAAAUAACUUGAUGGCGAAGCAAGACAUGUCAGAGCUUGGAUUUGGGAGGGACCAAAGUAUUGAAGCUCUCUCUCCUGAAGAGAGAGAAGGCUUGAGAGACGGAUAAUUGAACAACUUGCAGGUUCAAAGAGCUUUUUUCUGUUGGGCCACAUUGUCCUUAGGUAUCGCUGCACUGAUACUCUCAUGUUAAGAACACUGGUGAACAAUGAUGAUGACCUUUGGCUUACAGCACUAACGUUAAAGCAAACUUUGAGAGUAGGAAAAUGUUGAAGCAUGAAGUGAUUAUUCCUUGUUUGGUAUUUUAUUUUUGCACAAUAAAAAGGAGUUGUUAAUGUCUAUAAUGCCAAAAA